AUGGAAGAAAGAGCCAAAAUACCCGUCACCUUACCACUGCCAAAUCCAACCACAUCGUAUUGGCAAGACCCGCCAGAUGAGAUAGCGGAUUUACAAAGCACAGAACAUCUACCAGAAUAUGUCGACUACAUCAUCAUCGGCAGUGGCAUUAGUGGUGCAUCUAUUGCCUACAAUCUUCUUGAAAUAAAACCUGGCAGCAGCAUCUUGAUGCUAGAGGCGAGACAAGCCUGCAGUGGAGCCACAGGUCGAAACGGUGGUCACACAAAAGCAGCGAAUUAUCGUAGUUUCCUCGACCACGAAGCCGAACACGGCCUCGAAGACGCCACCAAAAUCGCUCGUCUCGCAUACGCCAAUAUCACAGCAACCCAUUCAUUAGCCCGCGAACUGAACAUCGAUUGUGCAUCCACACCCUGCGAUACCGUAGACAUCAUCUACGAUGCCGGAAACCUCGCAAAGGGCAAAAAAGCCAUUGCCAGAAUGCAAGAAACCAUGGGUACUGAUGACCCAGCUGCAAAGUAUGAGAUCUUGUCUGCUGAAGAAGCAAAGGCGAGAUAUCAUACUCCCGAUGCUCUAGGAGCGUUUGUGUAUGAAGGUGGGAGUAUAAGUUCGUAUCGCUUUACCAUUGGGAUACUAAAGCACUGUCUGGAGAAGGGUCUGAACUUACAAAAUAACACGCCAGUCGAUGCUAUCAAGCAAGCGGACAACUUCAACCCACAGUCGCCGAGAUGGAUGGCACAGACGGCAAGAGGCAAGGUCCAGACUGCCAACUUGGUGAUAGCCACGAAUGGGUAUACCGCACAUUUGUUGCCGCAGAUGCAGGGUAUCAUUGUUCCUCUGCGCGGGCAAAUUACAGCACAGAGACCGGGGUCUAGAUUGCCUGGCUUGGAUGCGACUUACUCUUUCAUCUACAGCCAUGGAUACGAAUACAUGAUCACUCGACCGUCAGGAACGCCAGACGCCGGCACGAUCAUCAUUGGUGGUGGAUUGCGAGAGCUGCCCAACGGCGGCGCAUCCGAAUUUGGAAACACCUUGGAUACAGACUUGAACAAGGACAUUUCGACCUACCUUUACGAUUGCACAGCGAGGUGCUUCGGGCACAACUGGGGAUCUGACGCAAAGGAAGGGAGGAUCGUCAAGGAAUGGUCAGGGGUCAUGGGUACUAGUGCUGAUGGCCUACCGUAUGUUGGAGCAAUGCCCAACAUGCCUGGUGUCUUCAUGUGUGCUAGUUUCAACGGUCACGGCAUGGUGAUGUGUCUCAAAUCUGCACAGGCGCUGGUCGGCAUGAUGGAGGAAGACGGAGAUGUAGAGUGGUUCCCAAAGGCGCUUGUGGUGACUGCUCAGAGGUUCGAGAAGAGAUUCCAGGGGAGGUUGGAUAUGCGUGCGCCUGGCGAGGCUCUGUUUAACGAUCGAUCGGCUGUAAACAAGUAA